AUGAAUUCUAUUGCUUUUCUCUUUUUCUUCGUGAUUGCUGCAGCCUUUGCAGGUCAUGGACAUGAUAAUGCUCAUUACAAGUUCGAGUAUGGAGUUCAUGAUCCUCACACCCACGACCAUAAAUCUCAACACGAACACAGACAUGGCCAUGACGUCACUGGAGGAUACACCCUCAAAGAAGCCGAUGGAACCCACAGAGUUGUCAAAUAUAAAUCUUCACCUCACAAUGGAUUCGAAGCUGUUGUUGAAAGAGUAGGUCAUGCCCAACAUCCCGCCCACUACGGUCACGGUCAUGGAGGACACGGACAUGGUGGACACGGUGGAGCCACCAGCUACGUUGGUGUCACCCACUGGGCAAAUCAAGGAAGUGAAGGUGGGCAUGGACAUGGAUACUAG